AACGCCUCCAUGUCUCUCUCUGAAUUUUACCCCAUGCUGCUUUCUUGUGAGGCGAUCCAGGUGCAGAACGCUCAGGCCGGCGGAUACUCCUCCUCGGCGGACGCCGCGGCUCGGCAGGGUGAUAGCAGCCGCGGUGGCGGCCGCCCCUUCAACAUCACCGGUCGCUCUGGUGGUGGCCCAUCGCAUGGCAGCGGUGGCCAACACGGUGGUGGCCACUAUGGCGGUGGAGGCUCCUACAACGGUGGCCAGCAGGGCAACCGUAACACAAACCGCAACGGCGGCGGCGGUACCGGCGGACAAGGCGGCGGAGGUAGUGGUCAAGGCGGUGGCAACCGUCACUGGCGCCCACGCUGUCAGGUCUGCAAGGCAUGGGGUCAUGAGGCCCUCUCCUGCAAGAAUCGCUACAACGACGCCUUUCAGGCCGACGGACGGCGCUCCGGCAAUGCUGCCACCUCCACCCACGGCCACAACGAGCGGGUGUCCCAGUCACAGCCGUGGUUCUUCGACACAGGGGCAACCGAUCAUCUCACUAAUGACAUGGAGCGACUGGCAUCCAUGAACGCUACCACGGGAAGGACCAGGUUCAAGCCGCAAACGGCUCAGGACAAGGUAACGAAGAAAAUCCUCCUUCGCGGUAGGAGUCGUGGAGGCCUUUAUCCUCUUCCGAUCGGUCGAGCCUCCCAUCAUGAGAAGCAUGCGUCUUCUGGUGUCAAGCUUUCAUCGCACCACUGGCACUAGCGUCUUGGUCAUCCGUCAAAUAAAGUAGUUCAAACAACUAUCAAGUCCAAUAAUCUCCCGUGUACUCCAAACAUUGAGUCUUCUAUUUGUGAUGCUUGUCAACGUGCUAAGAGUCAUCAAUUACCUUAUGGUUAUUC